AUAAAUUGUGCAGCACAUCUUAUUUACUGGAACAACGAGAGACUGAGAAUUAAGACCGACGUUAAGGUUCAACCUUGGGUGUAAGAUCACGAAUUCAGCAAGGGCCAUAUUACAAAUGCAUGAGAUUAAACAGGCGAAUUUAAAUCGGAAUUUGAGAUUUUGUGCAUUCGUUUUCUUAUUAUUCUACAAUCCACAUUGUCCUCGCCGAUUGCGAACGGACAAACGAUGCGAGGGCGGAACCACAAUAGGAAGAUUGGCAAUCUCUACGGAACGCUUUUAUGAUGCACAAUAAGGAACACAUCGCUUGAGUUAUGUAGCAGUUCUCUUGUAUGUUGUAAAUUAGCAUAAACAGCCUCAAAGUGUUUGAUGCAGCGAUGUGGAAAUUGCGAUGUGCGCGAAACGUCUUUUUCUUACAAAUUGCUUAUAACCUCCCCUAAAGUCUCAGCGGUGUUUGCUUUAUUGCGCAAAUUAUCCGUCUAAUGUUUGUGGAUUCAUCCUUGAUAAUGAAAAGACAGCAGCUAUGCACUGUCCCGUAAACUUAAGCAAGUUGGAGUAACAAGUUCAAGAUUUCUUGCAAUUGGCAUGAGAGAGAGAAACUGUAGAGAUUUGUGACCGGCGAAAGCAGAUGUUGUAUGUGACCCCAUCGCUUUCACAUGCAGAAGCAAGUGUUGUUAAACUUGAAGUCAUUAAAUUUUUUUGGCCAAUAAUAUUAUCGACCUCAGUAAUGCAUGGCAGCAGCUAACAAAAGAUCGAAGCUCAAGUUGCCGAUAAGCAGCUUAAUAUUCAUUUCAAAAGUGGACGGAAUGUGGAUUUUUUAGUGCGGACGGACAGCUCCUUUAUUUUGUAAAGAUGAGAAACAUGAAAAUGCACUUUGCAGCUAUCCAGAGAUGUCUGCUGGUUCAACAAUGCAUGGGGACGUCCAGCGUCAAUGUCUUCACUUCAGUGCGAAAGUUGGCCUCAGCGACUAGCACCUGUCUGAAGGUGUGUAUUGUAGGUGCGGGCCCUGCAGGAUUCUACACAGCCCAGCAUCUCCUGAAGAGUCGCACUGAUGUCCAGGUGGACCUUUAUGAGCGUCUCCCUGUUCCCUUUGGGCUUGUGCGAUUUGGGGUCGCACCUGACCAUCCAGAGGUCAAGAAUGUUAUAAAUACAUUUACUCAAACAGCCCAGCAUGACCGCUGUAGUUUCUAUGGCAAUGUGAACGUGGGCAAGGAUGUGAGCGUACAGGAGCUCCAACAGGCUUACCAUGCUGUUGUCUUGAGCUAUGGAGCAGAGGGCAACCGGAAAAUGGGAGUUACAGGAGAGGACUUGGCUGGUGUUUACUCAGCCAAAGACUUUGUGGGAUGGUACAAUGGACUGCCUUGCAACAAGCAGCUGCAGCCAGAUCUUAGUUGUGAAACGGUGGUCAUUUUGGGUCAAGGCAAUGUGGCUCUGGAUGUGGCCAGGGUUCUCCUUUCUCCGUUGGAUAUUCUGAAGACAGAUAUUACCCAGAGUGCACUGCAGGCGCUGGAGGCCAGCAAAGUGCGGAGAGUCCUGGUUGUUGGGCGUCGCGGUCCACUUCAGGUGGCCUGUACCAUAAAGUUUCUGCGAGAGAUGCUCAACCUGCCAGACACGAGAACGGAGAUGCUGGCGUCUGAUUUCGAGGGCAUAUCAGACACACUCAAAGACCUCCCCAGGCCAAGGAAGAGACUAACUGAGCUGAUGUUAAAGGCAGUAAAAGAGGCCAAAGAAGAGACAGAUGCGAGAAAGCGCUGGGGCUUCCGGUUCCUGCGAAGCCCUGUUGAGGUGCUCGCAGGUCCAGAUGGAGCCAGGGCAGCAGCCAUCCGGUUGGCUGUGAACAAGUUAGAGGGAUCUGGAGAUGCUGCUCGUGCAGUGACCACAGGUCAGGUAGAGGAUGUGGAGUGUGGCAUGAUUAUCAGCAGUAUAGGCUACAAGAGCCUGCCCAUUGACUCCUCUGUGCCCUUUGACCUCAAGAGAGCCAUUCUCCCCAACAAUCUGGGACGAGUCCAGGACACAUCCGGUUUAUACUGCAGUGGCUGGGUGAAGCGGGGACCAACAGGAGUCAUCGCCACGACGAUGAACGACAGUUUUGAUACAGCUCGCACGCUGCUGCAAGACAUGGAGUCCGGAGUUCUCGACCUGUCUGUCAGUAAAGCAGGUUCAGGAGCGAUUAGCGCCUUGUUGGGCUCACGAGGUGUACGAGUAGUUUCAUUCCCUGAGUGGGAGAAGAUAAACACGGAGGAGGUAAGGAGGGGAGAGGUGAAUGGUAAACCCAGAGAAAAGCUGCUGGAUGUGAAAGAGAUGCUUUCAGUUGCUUGGUCCUGAAGAUGCAGCUCUGGACGCCAAAACCCACAUACUAACAGUCAGUAGUGCCUGCUGCUAAACCUGACCAUGCCAGGACAGACGGACUGCCGGGAUUCACUGAUUUUGAAAACUACUGGGUAACAAGAGAAAACUUGAGCUACUCUUAUUUCGGUGAGAGCAGCAAACCUGUUUGACCACUGAGAUUUGGCCACUGUCAAAAGAGUAGAUAGACCAAAGGACAGUAAUGACUAAUAAAACUAAAGAUAAUCACAAAUGUGAUAAUACAAUCAUGUGCAACACGGAGAGCUGAUGUUAUAUUAUGUGCUAGAAUUCAGACAUAUGGAACACUGGGAGUCAGUCUGACUGAACAAUGUAUUUGAAUAUGUCAUUGUGAAAUCACAACUGAAAAUAAAAACAUUAGCCAUUACAACCUUAAUGAUUUGUGUUUUGAUAUAGCAAAAAUGACUUCAGAAUAUUUUCUAAAUAUGUUCUUCUACAUGUAUUUCUUUAUCUGCAUAUUUAUUACACUGUCUGCAUCAUGAAUCCAAGAUCAAAGCAUCUAUGUGCAUUUCUUUUUUUCUGAUCCUUUUCUAAGAAGCCUGUUCAUGUUUCCCUCUGAUCAGGAAUUCUGAACUCACCAGCUGAUAAACACAAGACUCUUGGUUGAACUGAGAGCCAAAAUAUUUUGUUUAGCUAGUCAAAAGUGACUGUGUGGUAUAAAUUGAGCAGUGAGCCUCUGUGUUCAUGUAAUUUGCCUCAGUGAUGUCAUGAAAUGUCUGUAGCCAUCUGUAACCAUAUGUACUCUCUCCUUAAAGUAAGAAUG